AUGAGUAAUGUUACCAACCAAAAUGGAACAGGUCUAGAGCAGCAGCUUGCUGGUCUGGACUUGCAGCCUCAGGCUAAUAAAAGUGCUGGCCGCUACAUCCCCCCGCAUCUGCGUAGGCAGUUGCAGGCCAAUCCUUCACAAGGGGAAGAGUCUAAGCGGCCAAGCUUAGACGCCCGUUCAAACGAACAACGGGACGGCCGUGCAUCAUUCGGAGGCAACUCUAGAACCUACGACCGUGGUGGUCGGCGCGACGACCGCGAACGUGACCGCGACCGUGACUACGAUCGCGGCAACGACUCGCGAUACCCGCGCAGAGACCGCGGUCGUGAUUCAGGCUAUCAAAAUGGCGAUUCAGAGCCACAACGCUGGUCGGAGUCGUCCGAGAGAUGGGGCUCCUCGGGCGGCGGCGGCGGCGGCGGCGGCGGUGGUGGCGGCGGCGGCGGCGGUGGCGGCGGUGGGCGCAGCUCGGCCGGCGGAGCGGGCGCGUCGAGCCGCGAGUCGCGCGACGUGCGCCGCGACGAGGACUUCAACGAGCCGCCGCAGCCGCGCAACGACCGCUGGAAGGAGCCGGAGCCACGCGCUGAUGACCGCAACAACUCGCGCUGGCCCUCCGAUGAUGUACGCCGCACGAGCAAUCGCAGGGACGAGGUUGGCCAUGAAAACAAUUCCAAUGAUUGGACGGUCCCGCUACCUCGCGACGAGCGGCAGGAGUUGGAGCUGUUUGGCACUGGCAACACAGGCAUCAACUUCUCGAAAUACGAGGACAUACCAGUUGAGGCCAGCGGAGAUCGUGUCCCAGAUUUCAUCACCAGUUUUGAGGAUGUUAACCUGACGGAAAUAAUGCGCCAGAAUAUAGCCUCAGCUCGUUACGACAAGCCGACACCAGUCCAAAAGUAUGCAAUCCCGAUCGUGCUUGCUAGAAGAGAUGUCAUGGCGUGCGCACAGACUGGUUCAGGAAAAACGGCCGCAUUCCUUGUGCCCAUCCUCAAUCAGAUGUACGAAGCUGGCCCCGUUAAACAUAUGGGACCAUGUAUCCGGCGCAAGCAGUACCCGCUGGGCCUGGUGUUGGCUCCGACGCGCGAGCUUGCAACGCAAAUCUUUGAUGAGGCUAGGAAAUUUGCCUACCGUUCUCGUGUGCGACCUUGUGUCGUGUAUGGCGGGUCCCCUAUACACGAGCAGUUCCGCGAGCUGGAGCGAGGUUGUCACCUGUUGGUUGCGACCCCGGGGCGACUCGUGGAUAUGCUGGUGCGCGGCCGCGUGGCGCUGGACCACUGCCGACAUCUCGUGCUGGACGAGGCUGACCGUAUGCUGGACAUGGGUUUCGAGCCUCAGAUUCGCAAGAUUGUCGAGAGCCACACGAUGCCAAAGACUGGCGAGCGCCAGACGCUCAUGUUCUCGGCGACUUUCCCUAAACAAAUCCAAGUGCUAGCGCAGGAUUUCUUAUAUAAUUAUGUUUUUCUUGCUGUUGGACGCGUCGGUUCCACAUCUGAAAAUAUCACCCAGAAGGUGGUAUGGGUGGAGGAAAUGGAUAAGCGUUCUUUCCUGUUGGAUUUGCUGAAUGCUUCCAACUUACUGCAACGUGCACGCCCGGAAGAGGAUCAACUGAUCCUUGUAUUCGUUGAAACGAAGAAAGGUGCCGACCAACUGGAAGUGUUCUUGGAUAACCUUGGUUACCCAGUCACGUCCAUCCACGGCGACCGAUCCCAGCGCGAGCGUGAAGAAGCUUUGCGCCGGUUCCGUUCCGGACAGACACCGAUUCUUGUCGCUACCGCCGUCGCGGCCAGAGGUUUGGACAUACCGCACGUGCGUCACGUGAUUAACUUUGAUUUGCCGUCGGACGUUGAAGAGUACGUGCACCGCAUCGGUCGUACCGGCCGUAUGGGUAACCUGGGCGUGGCCACGUCCUUCUUCAACGACACUAACCGUGGCCUCGCGCGGGACCUCGUUGAGCUCCUCGUUGAGGCAAAGCAGGAUGUGCCAAAUUGGCUGACGAGCACGGCAGCUGAUGGGCGCCUUGGUGGCGGCGGACGUCGGACUGGAAGCAGGUCUGGCGGGGGACGAUUUGCAAGCAGCGGCAGUGGCUUUGGCGCUAGAGAUUUCCGUACUCAAUCGCGUCAAACUCCACGAUCGGCAGGGCCAUCAACUAUUGGUUCUGGGUUCGGAUACGGCGGCGGGUCGUACGGCGGUAACUACGGCGGGUCGUACGGCGGCGGCGGCGGCGGCGGCAGCAGCGGCGGCCCCGACUGGUGGGACUCGUAA